UCAAGGGCAGGGGAGUACUGGGGUGAGAUCCCAUAGGCGCGGGAAUAACUAGGGGGAACCUAAAGUGUGGUGGGAAGUGAAAUCGAAUGACAGGAGACAUAGACUGUCUUGGGAAACAUCUCCUAAGGGUGCGAGUUACUCGUUGUCCCAGGAAACCAGUGGAAGCCUAAUCAUCACAUGAGACUUUUGAAACUAGACUGGACAAAGCACCGGAGAACAGAUUGUAACGAACAAGCCAGUUCUGGACAAGGCGUGAAAUAUGCAAACAAUAGAAAACUUCCUUCCGUGCCAGGUUUGGAGAUGGAUUGUAUGAUUCCUACAUGAGAAUAGAUCAAAUUAGGUACCCAGAUCCUACAAAUGAAGAACACAGCCCUUCUGGACUUCCUUCACUUGGGAGAUCAAAUGUUACUAGCAACAAACUCACUAUGAAAGAUCAUCCUCUGACUGGAAGUCAGGUCAAAGUUGAGCAACUGUAUGAGGACUCUGGCAAUAAGAGGAGCAGUACUCUUCAGUCUGCAGGAAUCAGUAGUUCCGAAAGAUCUCUUCCUUCCCUGUCAAAAGAUAAAAGUAUAGACAGCUUAAGCACAGCCAAAUCUUGUGGAAGUUCAUCAAAAGUGCGCAAAGCUAUCUCUCAGGCUCCAGAGCAAGCAGUGAAGCAAUAUAAACAUCAGUUAUCUGCUUACGAGCAGCAAGAAAUAUGUAACUUUUCUGAAAUUUUCUUUGUGGGGCCAAAUGCAAAAAAAAGGCAAGGAGUAGUCGGUGGCCCCAACAAUGGAGGAUAUGAUGAUGACCAAGGUGGAUACAUUCAUGUGCCUCAUGACCAUCUGGCUUACCGAUAUGAAGUACUUAAAAUAAUUGGAAAGGGCAGUUUUGGACAAGUAGCUAAAGUUUAUGAUCAUAAACUCCACCAGCAUUUGGCCUUAAAGAUGGUUCGCAAUGAGAAGAGGUUUCACCGUCAAGCAGCAGAAGAAAUUCGGAUUUUGGAGCAUCUCAAGAAACAGGAUAAAACUGGCAGCAUGAAUGUUAUUCACAUGCUAGAAAGUUUCACCUUUCGGAACCACAUAUGUAUGACCUUUGAGCUCCUGAGCAUGAACCUGUAUGAGCUGAUCAAAAGAAAUAAAUUUCAAGGGUUCAGUGUACAGCUGGUACGCAAGUUUGCCCACUCUAUAUUACAAUGUUUGGAGGCUCUUUAUAAAAACAAAAUCAUACAUUGUGACCUGAAGCCAGAAAAUAUACUUCUAAAACAGCAAGGGCGGAGUGGCAUCAAGGUUAUUGAUUUUGGGUCCAGCUGCUUUGAGCACCAAAGAGUCUACACGUAUAUUCAGUCUCGAUUCUAUAGGGCCCCAGAGGUCAUUCUGGGAAGUCGCUAUGGGAUGCCCAUAGACAUGUGGAGUUUUGGUUGUAUUCUGGUGGAACUGUUGACUGGAUAUCCUCUUUUUCCUGGAGAAGAUGAGGGAGACCAACUGGCUUGUAUGAUGGAACUUCUUGGAAUGCCACCUCAGAAGCUUUUGGAUCAAUCCAAGCGAGCCAAGAACUUCAUCAACUCCAAGGGUCAUCCUCGCUACUGCACUGCAACUACACAUACAGAUGGGAAAGUGAUCCUCAAUGGCAGUCGAUCACGCAGGGGUAAAAUGCGUGGUGCGCCAGGCAACAAAGACUGGGUGACAGCAUUGAAAGGCUGUGAUGACCCCUUGUUUAUAGAAUUCUUAAAAGAAUGUCUUAACUGGGAUCCUUCUGCGCGCAUGACUCCAAGUCAAGCUUUAAGACACCCAUGGAUUUGUAAGCGAAUGCUCAAACCACCCAGUACUGAUAAAAGCAUGGGUAAACGGAUAUCUAACUACACAAGCUCCUUCCCAGGAAUAGGUUCUAAGUUGCCUCCAGUAGUUGGAGUGGCAAACAAACUGAGGGCUAAUUUAACAUCUGAAUCAAAUGGCAGUAUACCGCUAUGCACUGUGCUACCAAAACUGGUCAGUUAAUAGAAAAUUAUGUAUUCCCAGAAUACAUACCUUGUAUUUUAAUUAUCUGCUAGAAAUGUGUAAGGUGGUGAAAUGCAGAGGUUUUUAAUGGAUUUACUUUUCAUUAAACACUAAAUCUUGUAUAAAAAAAGAUGAAUCAAAAUAUAAACAUUUCAAGGGCUAAUUGUUUUAUCAAGUUGUUUCAGUUGCAGUGUGGUGCAUAUUACAUCACUUGAUAGGUCAACACAUCUGUUCUGGUCAGUGAGAUUACAUGCUUUAACAGUUGAGUUUAAUAGCACUGUUUAAAAAAGAAUCAAACCAUUUCUUAUCAGGACAGUUUUAGAUAGCAAAUGCUUUGUCACAAGAAAGCAAGAAAAAAGCAUUUAAAAUUGUAUUCUGUUGGACAGAAUGAGCUCUGCUUUCAAUUAAUCCCCAGGUGAACUUCUUUAAAUUUGGAUGAAAUUUUACAGAUUUACUGUCAAGAGCACAAGUGUUUUAAUCAAAAAAGUGAGAAUGUUGCUUGCCAAUUGCAAAUUUAGAUUUGAAUGAUUUGGCUUCCCUAUAGAAUGCUUUCCCCUUACACAUUUUGGAGGGCUCCUGGCAUAUAGGGAUCCAAGUUGCUGCAUUCCUAAAUUUCUUAGGCUGGGAUUUUCAAAGGAGCAUACAAGUAGUUAGGACACAUCAGUUGUGUGUAGACCUGCUAUGAUCAACUUCUGUACUGGGAUAUGCACUCACUACCCCCACUGAAGUCAAUGGGAGUUGCAGGCGUGCACAAGAGCAGAACUGGACCAUAACAUGAAGUAUAAUUUGCUCAGGGCUAUUGAAAACAUUGUUUUGACUUAAAUUUAAUGUACACGUUUGCUAACUGAUUCUUUCCCCAUCCCUCCCAAAAUGAAGAUGCCCAGCCAAAAUAAAAUACCCUUGCCAUUAGAGAUGUUUACAGUACUGGCCUCUUAAAAUCUUUUUUUCUGUCCUGCAGGGUGAAUUCCACUGAAUAACAUUGAAAUCCUUUUAAAAAUAGUCACUCCUUUUUGCUAGAUAAGUAGAAUUUUUAAGGGUCAGGACUGUAACCAGAGGUUAUGUGUGAGACAAGAGACUAGUCACUGAAAGAGUGGCCUGAAAUUUUUUUAAACACAAAUUGUCAGAUUUGGUAAAGAGUAAUAAAUUUAAGUAUUGAAAUGAAA